AUGACUCGUAUAAUCUCUCAAAUUUUUUACGGUACAUUGAUCCAUUCUUUAUCCUUGACAAAACUUUCUAUUAUACCUAAUACAUUAUUGGGAAUUGAUAAAUUUGGUAAAAUUGCUUUCGUGGAAGAAAAUAUUAUCAAUGAACAAAAUAUCAAUGAUAUUUUAAGUAAAUGGAACGUUAACGAAGAAAAAAUAAUUAGAUUAACUAAACGUCAAUUUUUAAUACCUGGAUUUGUGGAUACUCAUAUCCACGCACCCCAAUUUCCAAAUGCUGGUACCGGUUUAGAUCUUCCUUUAUUAGAAUGGCUUAAUAAAUAUACAUUCCCUUUAGAAAAAUCUUAUUCAUCUUUAGAAUUUGCCAAAAAUGUAUAUCCGGUGGUAAUUAAUAAUUUAUUACGAAAUGGAACUACUACCGCUGUUUAUUUUUCUACUAUUCAUUUAGAAUCAAGUAAAUAUUUAGCAAAAUUAAUUCAUGAAAAAGGUCAAAGAGGAUUUUUGGGAAAAGUUAAUAUGGAUCGUUAUUGUCCUAAUGAUUAUAUUGAAACAAUUGAAUCAAUUACUCCAGUUAUAACACCAAGAUUUGCUAUUAGUUGUACUUCAGAAUUAUUAUUUUCACUUUCAAAACUUGCUCAAGAAUAUGAUCUUCCAAUACAAUCUCAUCUUUCUGAGAAUAAGGAUGAAAUCAAAUUCGUGAAAAGUUUAUUUCCUAAUUUAAAAGAUUAUACUUCAGUUUAUGAACAUCAUAAUUUAUUAAAUCAAAAAACCAUAAUGGCUCAUGGAAUUUAUCUAUCAUCAUAUGAACGAAAUCUUAUUAAAAAAUUAAAAGUUGGAAUUUCUCAUUGUCCUAAUUCUAAUUUUUCACUUUCUUCAGGAAUUUGUAAUGUAAGAAAAUUAUUAAAUGAUAAUAUUAAAGUUGGUUUGGGUACUGAUAUUAGUGGUGGAUUUGGAAAAAGUAUUUUAGAUUCUAUACGUAAUGCGAGUAUUGCUAAAUUAUUUUACUUAUCAACAAUGGGUGGAGCAAAUUUAGUUAAUUUAGAAAAUGUAAUUGGGGAUGAAAGAAAUAUUUUAAGAGUUUAUGUUCAAGGAAAUUUUGUCUCGGGAACUGAAUUUAAAUAA